AUGCCUGUGCCAGAGCGUGUUGAGCUCAUCCCUUGGCGGAGAGUUUCUUACGUGCUUUGCUUGUUGGUACUGAUAUUGCAGCAGGUUGGUCUGAUGCACUAUAUGUACAUGAGUCAAUCCUGGUGUCUGUACUUAGCAAUUUUGGAUGCCAUUUGUCUCUUCAAUUGGGUUUUCAACACAGUGCCUAAGAUGAUUGGAAUACGAGGUGCGAACUGCUGGAUCAUCUACAGCCGGAUGAUGACCAUUAAAAUGUUAGUAUUGUAUUAUAUUGUCUUCCCAGAGUACCUUACAAAACCAGGGCUCUUGAUUCGAUCAGAUUGUGGCGCUUCGACUGAAAUUUUGCUCUUAUUACUGCUGACGCCAACAAUAUACAUCUUGAUGUCGUUUAGAGCGGGGGCUCACCUAUACGGUAACCUCAAUUGCAUUUCUUCAGAGCGACUUAUGCAUACUGAUAUGAUAAUGCACGUGUCACUUGAUCUUUUAGAUCUUAUUGAUAUGUGUCAUGUCUAUCUAACGAUUCCUAAAGCAUUCCAUCAUGAUAAUUAUAUCAUGGAGGCAUUUUGUGGAGUUGUGAUCGCAACGGCUAUCUUCCUUCACUCUUAUAGUUUCCCUAGGAUGAGUAACAGUUUGAAGGCAAGGGGUGCGUCAGGAUUUAAGGGUGAUUCUUUCAGUGCUAGUGAUAUAUACUAUUGCCGCAAGUAUGCUGCUAUAGUGGGUAUUUUCUUCGUGGACAUCCCUUUUGCGAUAUUCCGUACAGUAUCUUGGUCAAUGCUUGCUAAACAUGCGGUGUUUGGACCAUUUUUGUUAAAGAAUAUCUGCUCCAUCAUGAUACAGACCACGCGUAUACGCCACUGCUCAAUCGGUAUAAGCACUCUGGACUAUUCCAAAGCAUUAGGCCACCAUGACACUGACAGGCAAUCUGGUAUCGCUGGUGAUGUAGGUAACGAGGAAGAACGUCCAUCUGUCGUAGAUGAUGACGGUGAUGCUCACAUGAGCAAUAGGAGUGACCAUCGGAGGUCAUUUGUUCGGUUCAAUGCCGAUAGUGAUAUUUUAUUCACUGGCGAUACCCCUUUCAACUCUGCACGUAGGCGUUCAAUACUUCCGGCGAAUGAUUUUGUUCCUGGUAUUACCCGUAUCACAAUGCCGGAUGGUUUCAACGUUACUACGGUAUCAUUGAAGCGUCUAUUGCAGAAGAUCCUCUUAGCUAUGCGUGUUGGAAGCAAGUGUGAGAUGGCACAUUUGCUCGAUUCUAAGCUUAAGCUGUCCCUGUGGCAAAAUGCCAUGAUCGCACUUCCUCAUAUUGUUGUAUGGGCUGUAGAGGUAACGAUUGUUAUUGUCUUCUAUCGUUUGAGUCCUCAGCAAAUCGAAUCGUAUACAGGAUUGUACGAUUUUCAUGGUAUAUUGCAGGCAUCAUUCACCACGAUACCACUAUAUUUGAAGGUUGCAAUAUCUCUGAUUUUAUCUGCUGGUAUUGUAAAUUUCAUUUGUUGGAGUUUAGUAGGACCUGUGCUAGGUGCCCUGUUCAUUGCAAUGCAAGUUAUGGCUACUCUAGUUUCAUUUGCAUUCGUACUCCUGUCACUUUCCGAGUUCAUUCCGGCGCUUCACAUUCUGGCGUUUAUCUCGGAGCACACAAUGGGUACUCCUCGCGACUACCUAUUCUUCAUUUUUGGAGCACGCCCUUUUAUGAGUUUAUUAAGUGGUCUUUAUCCAUUCCUUUGCCUGACCCUAGGGAAAGACUAUAUCUUUUAUAUAAACCCUUCGUUGGUGGGCAAGGAGGGGUCGGAUAUCCUUAGUGACCCUGUUAAGCUUAUUAACGGGACAUUCACUGUUAACAGUGAUGCGGUUGACCAAGACGAAUCAUGUCCUAUUUCACUGGCAUCACUACUGGUUUUAACUAACGCAGUAAUGAUGUGCGUACCACCUUCUGGCCACUCUCUACUCGUUGGUCCAAACAUCAUCAAAGCGAUCAGGCUAGAUCGGGCAUUGGUUAGCAGUCACAAGCAUACAUUUAUGCGAACGUGCAUGAUUAGACUCUACUGCGUGCUUAUGGUGGUGGGCAAGAACGGACGUGCCUAUUCGUGUGCCAUCACAUUUUACAUAUUGCACACGCUCCUCAUUGCCAGCUAUAUGUUCUGUUCAAUGGCAGUUCGUCGUGCGAACAUCGACGCUGUAAACAACCAGGCGUUAUUUGUGGACAUUUUGCGGGAGACACGUCCUCAGAGGACCAAGUACAACAAAUUGUUACCUUAUGAGAAAGUACAUGGUGACACUACUCCGCUUGAGAUCAGUCACUGGAUAUUCAAGAAACAUCAGCGUAACGCUACAUUUAUUUAA